AUGAGCGCGUUGCUUCCGCUUAUCUCGGAGAUUCUUCCGAUGAUAAUGCCCGCCUCUGCCAAUAUAACCCGCGCCAAACAGCUCGAGCCGACUCACCCGACUGUUGAAGGGCCCGUUAUUGAGCGGCCAGCCGUCGUUGGGAAAUGCGACAGGAUGUGUGUAUCAGUCCUCACGGCGCGACCUCACCAAAACUCAACCGUCCGUCACAACAGCGAACAAGACGCCAUCUUCUACGCCGUUUCUGGGAAUGGUAUCUUGGCCGUCAGUGAGUCAGUGGACUCUGACCCCAAAAAUCACGAGCUAUCACCCGGGGACUUUGCCUUUGUCCCAGCUUGGACCGAGCAUCAGAUCAAGAACGAGACAGAUGAGGAUGUUGUCUUUCUCGUCAUUCAAGGCGGGCCAACUCCUUUACGAGCAGACUUGACUGACUGGGGCGGCGACAUGGUCAAGACACGUAAAUGA